AUGGCUUCAGAGAAGAAACUCUCAAACCCAAUGAGGGACAUCAAGGCCCAGAAGCUCGUCCUCAACAUCUCCAUUGGAGAAAGUGGAGAUCGCCUCACCAGAGCCGCUAAGGUGCGUAAUGAGAAGAUUGCUUGCUACGUCACUGUCAGGGGCGAGAAAGCAAUGCAGCUUCUUGAGAGUGGUUUGAAGGUCAAGGAAUAUGAGUUGCUGUUGAGGUCACUGGAGGGCUUUAAAUUCCUUUCCACCCAGGGAGAGAGGACAAGCCGGAGCCACCACCUGAGGGUCGUCUACCAGAUGCCACCAAAAGAUGCGAUCACUUGA